AUGUCGGAAGUUUCAGGCGAAAAUCAACAAGCACCAGCUAAUACAGGUAGUGAAUCCGGUGAAAAAAGUGUUGUAAGUACAACAUCAACUGAACAAAUGGAAGCUCAACCAGCAACUGAAUCAGGUGAACAACAAACAUCAAAUGAAAAAACAACUACAUCUGCUGAUACAACAAAGGAAAAUAAUACAAAUUCGCAACAAUCAGGUGAAAAAACUAAAACAGAUUUAUCAACAUUACCAACACGGGCUUAUCUUGAUCAAACUGUUGUACCAAUUCUUCUUCAAGCAAUGUCUCAACUUGCUAAAGAACGACCUGCUAAACCUAUUAGUUUUCUCGCUGAAUAUUUACUUAAUCAUAAAGAAAAAUACAAUGAAUAG